AUGCCAUCUAAAAAGACACCAAUUUACUGUCUACUCCACAGGGAUCCAGAAAGUUCUGUAUUCGGGAUUAAAUAUGAUAAGAAUACGACCGUUGACGAAAUCAGAGAUGCUAUUAAGGAUAAAUCAAAUGCCAACAUUGUGAAUGAUUUUGGUGGUCAAGUGUUGAGUUCCAUGGAUACAAUUGAAGAAAAAUUCCCUGCACCUGCCAACAAACAUAUUUACAUUAUUGUUGCUGUAUCUGCUAUUGUCUUGCCUAUUGCUGAAUAUACUAGUCUUGAUUACCAAGCGACAACACGUGAAAUAGAGUUUCCAAACCUCGGUUUAGAUUUGAGAGAAAGAAUUGAUGCUUUCGGAUGA